CUCUACCCAAAUCACUUCUCUUUCGCACUCUUUCUCUCACUCUCUCACCCAGUCUCGUCUCUCUCUCUCUCUCUCUCUCUCUCUCUCUCUCUGGUCUGAGCUCGUGAAACCCUCUUGCCGAUGUCUUCCUUGCUUUCUCACAUGCACACGAGCACUGCCGGAAACCCUCUCUCUCCGUUCGAAUCGCACCACCGAAAGCCCUUUCUCUCCGUUCGAAUUGCACCACCAGAAGCCCUCUUCUCUGUUCGUUUUGCUUCACUGAUGCGGUACCACCGACACCCUCUGGCCUUUCCUCCCCCACCCCCACCAGCUUCGGUUGACUCAACACCACAACUCUCUCUUUUCAAUCCAACCAAAAUCUCUCUGAUCUCUCCAUCGAUAUGUUUCAGAUUUCAGAUUCGAAUUGAUGUCGGUACUACUUUCGUUCUUUCUUUUGCCAUUCAAGAUGAGUGUGACUUUCAAAGGCCAUCUGGAUUGUAUUUCAGGAUUAACUGUUGGAGGUGGUUUCCUUUUUAGUUCCUCCUUUGAUAAAACAGUCCAUGUAUGGUCUCUGCAG